AUGGCUUCCGCAGCAGCAGAGGCGGAGAAGGGGUCUCCGGUUGUGGUGGGACUGCUGGUGGUAGGCAACAUCAUUAUUCUGCUGUCAGGCCUGGCCCUGUUUGCUGAGACCGUAUGGGUGACAGCUGACCAGUACCGCGUGUACCCACUGAUGGGCGUCUCAGGCAAGGAUGACGUCUUCGCUGGCGCCUGGAUCGCCAUCUUCUGCGGCUUCUCCUUCUUCGUGGUGGCCAGCUUUGGUGUGGGCGCGGCGCUCUGCCGCCGCCGGUCCAUGAUCCUCACGGGUUGCUUCGAGCACAUCAGCCAUGCCAUCGACAGCUACACAUGGGGCAUCUCGUGGUUUGGGUUUGCCAUCCUGAUGUGGACGCUGCCUGUGAUGCUGAUGGCCAUGUAUUUCUACACCACGUUGUGA